AUGGGUAACAAAAAGAAACCCCAUACAGCCCAUAAGACUCCUAGUCAGGCGUCAAGCAAAAAAGCUGUCGAUCUGGACCGCUACUUUUGAGAUAAAGUAAAGGCGCUCGCAGAGACAGAAGCGGAUGAGCCACUAUCUUCUCGACGUGCACCGCCGCCAAACAGCCCGACGAGUUCUAAAACCUCCACCUUAUACGGCAAUAGCAAACUACAGGAAAUAAUACAAAACCUCCCAUCCAAAGGAGACAUAGCAUCUAUGCUGGCGAAGCUAGAUGCCUCUAUACAUGAGAAACUGUCCUCCAUUACUAAUGAGGCAAGACAAAAAGGCCUGAGGGUGGGAGAUCUGGAAGGGGAUAGAGAUAACAUUCAGCUGCGGGUCCAUACUCUGGAACAGAGACAGGAUACACAGGACGCCAGAAUUGUACAGAUACUACGCCACACAGAAGACCUCGAUAAUAGGGGCAGAAGAAUAAUAAUCUUCAUGUCAGGGGCAUCCCAGAGUCACAGAGGGACCCCGAAAAUAUCAGAGAUGCUACAAACUUUAUUCAAUAACAUACGACAACGUCCAGUAGAAACACCCAUAUUAAUGGACAGAGCUCACAGGACUCUUGUUGGGACUCACAUAGCGCAUAGUCUGAAGCAUCUGACUAUAGGAACUCUUGGGCCUGAUUGGGGUUACGGACUCUUUAAAACCUAG